AUGUGUGUGCAUGUUUUCGGCAAUUGUGCGUCUCUGGCGGUCGCAACAUAUGGGUUACGGAAGUCUGUUCAGAAUGCAGACAAAGAGGUACAAGACUUAAACAGAAAUUUUUACGUGGAUGAUGCCCUGACAUCCAAACCAAAAGCUGAUCAAGCUAUAGAGCUUAUGAAAACAACCAAAACUGCAUUGAGAGAAGGGGGAAACAUUCGACUUCACAAAGUUGCUUCAAAUAACUUAGAAGUAUUGAAAGUCUUUCCUACUGAAGACUUAGGAGGUGAUCUGAAGUCUCUCGAUUUUAGAACAGACAUCUUACCAACUCAAAGAAGCCUUGGAGUUGCUUGGGACCUAAAAAAUGUUGAAGUUGAAAACAAACCAUUCACUAGGAGAGGGGUACUUUCAAUGUUGAAUAGCAUCUACGACCCCCUUGGAUUCAUCGCCCCGAUUACCAUUACUGGGAAGAUACUGUUACGUGAAGCAACACCGCAAGGAUGA